AUGGAGAUCCAUGUCAUCUCUGCCUCUCCAGGUCUGUUCCACCGUGCCAUCAUUCAGAGUGGCUCUGCCCUGUCCAGCUGGGCGGUCAACUACCAGCCUGUGAAAUACACCCGUCUGCUGUCUGAGAAGGUGGGCUGUAACGUUCUGGAUACCCUGGACAUGGUGGACUGUCUGAGGAAGAAGAGUGCCAGGGAGCUGGUUGAGCAGGACAUCCAGCCAGCACGGUACCAUGUGGCCUUCGGACCGGUUAUAGACGGAGACGUCAUACCUGAUGAUCCAGAGAUCCUCAUGGAGCAGGGAGAGUUCCUGAAUUAUGACAUCAUGCUGGGAGUCAACCAGGGGGAGGGGCUUCGCUUCGUGGACAACGUGGUCGACUCAGAGGACGGCAUCUCGGGCAACGACUUUGACUUCUCAGUGUCGGACUUUGUUGACAGCCUCUACGGUUACCCAGAAGGUAAAGACACUCUGAGGGAGACCAUCAAGUUCAUGUACACGGACUGGGCGGACCGCGACAACCCCGAGACACGACGCAAGACGCUGGUCGCUCUGUUCACCGACCACCAGUGGGUGGAGCCGUCGGUGGUGACUGCGGACCUCCACGCCCGUUACGGCUCGCCAACGUACUUCUACGCCUUCUACCACCACUGCCAGAGUCUGAUGAAGCCGGCCUGGUCGGACGCAGCCCACGGGGACGAGGUUCCCUACGUGUUUGGGAUCCCCAUGAUCGGACCUACAGACCUGUUCCCCUGUAACUUCUCCAAGAACGACAUCAUGCUCAGCGCCGUGGUGAUGACAUAUUGGACUAACUUCGCCAAGACCGGGGACCCCAACAAGCCUGUUCCUCAGGACACUAAGUUCAUCCACACCAAGGCUAACCGCUUCGAGGAGGUAGCCUGGUCUAAGUACAACCCCCAGGAUCAGCUGUGCACCUCCAGUUAUCGGCCAGGAAGCCCAGCGUCAGGGACCACUAACAGACAGGCAGCCACCAAGGUGGCCUUCUGGGAAAACAGACAGGCAGGGAUGGUACUGCUACAUCUCUUUAACUCACACCUGUAUAACCUCCACGACAUGUUCCACUACACCUCUACCACCACCAAGGUUCCCCCGUCCGAGACGACCCAGAACGCCUUGUCCACUAAGAAGACGUGGCCCUUCAACACCAAGCGGCCCCCCAUGUCCCCGGCCUACAACAACGAGGAUAAUGAGGCGUGGAACGGAGACGAGGAGACCGGGCCGUUGGUCAUAGAGAACCCCAGGGACUACUCUACGGAGCUCAGUGUCACCAUCGCCGUGGGAGCCUCGCUGCUCUUCCUCAACGUUCUAGCCUUCGCAGCGCUUUACUACCGGAAGGAUAAACGGAGGGAGGCUUUGGGAGGUCGCCGCGGUCAACCCAGCCCACAGACCCGCCACGGCCAGGCUACGUCCAACGACGUCGGUCACCACCAGGGUCCCAACGAGGAGGAGAUCAUGUCCCUGCAGAUCAACCAGACGCAACACGAGUGUGAGGCGAUGGGGGUGGGGAACCCGGGGAAUGACGGAGGGCUGCGUCUGGCCUCGCUUCCCGACUACACUCUGACCCUGCGGAGGUCACCGGACGACAUCCCUCUGAUGACCCCCAAUACCAUCACCAUGAUCCCAAACUCUCUGGUGGGGAUGCCCAACCUGCACCCUUACAACACUUUCACAGCCGGGUUCAACUCCACCGGCCUGCCCCACUCCCACUCCACCACCCGGGUAUAGCUUUACGGAGUAGAGGGAUGGUGGAGGAGAGGAGAGGGUGAUGGAGCAGGAGAAGAGGAUUCUGUUUUAUAAAUAUUACAGGGAAAGGGUUUGGGGGAGGAGAGGAGAGGGAAGGCAGGAAUACGUGAGUGGGAUUAAAAAGUCAAGAGAUUUAACUAGACUUUUACUACCAAGAAGAGGACAGAGAGCGUCUGAGAGGAGAGGAGAACUCACUGCUUUCUGUGUGGAUGUCAAGUUGUGCAGAGCUGCCAAAAUCAAACUGCUUCUCCUCCCUCCCUCGAUGGGAUGGGGCUGAGGAGGGAGGGGUCCUUUCUGCUGUGUUUUUCUUCUAAGAGUCAUUUUAAAAGCCUUUUUAAGCAGACAGGGGAGAUUAUCAACACUUUGUUCUUGAAUUCAUAACACCAAGAGAAAAGUUAUUUUUCUUUCUCAUCUUCGUCUCUCCCGAGGGAGACAGAAAAGACACGUCUCAAACAAAGGCCUCUACCAGGAAGUUGGCAUAAUGUUAGUCGCUUUUUUUUUUUUUUUUCAAUGCCUUACGAAAAGCUUGUUUUGUUUUCGAUUUCUCUCUCUCUCUCUCUCUCUAAUUUCUAUUCCAUGUGGAUUGUGUGACAUUUUGACGUGAAUCAAAAGACACAAGUGACUGAAUCGUGAACAAAUACAGAAAUAAAUAUAACCACACAAAUGGUCUUUUUUUAAUCUCCCAUAGAGAGGAUUUGUCUGGAAUAGACUCUGCCAUCCCAGAAGACACCAUAGGGGUAACAACUAUGUUACUGUGAUUGUUUUGUUAAGAACAAAAGUGCAUAUUUUCACCAAUUUAUCUGUUAAGUGAUCGGAUCUUAUCUCUCUCCACGAAGUGUGCACUUUUACACAGACACACACUGCUCAGCGCACCUGUGUGCAUAUAAACAUGGUUGUGUGUGUGUGUGUGUGUGUGUGUGUGUGUGUGUGUGUGUGUGUGUGUGUGUGUGUGUGUGUGUGUGUGUGUGUGUGUGUGAGUGCCAGUGUGUGUGAGUGCCAGUGUGUGUGUGUUUGAGUGCCAGUGUGUGUGUGUGAGUGCCAGUGUGUGUGUGUUUGAGUGCCAGUGUGUGUGAGUGCCAGUGUGUGUGUGUGAGUGCCAGUG